AUGGGCUUCGCCUUGAAGAAGCCAGACGAUGCCGUGGGCUCAGCCUCCCCGGCAAUUAUCAUCGGUCUCUUCGUUGCUUUUGGUGGUGUUCUAUUCGGAUAUGACACCGGUACUAUCAGCGGUAUUCUUGCCAUGAAGAAAUGGCGAGAGAUGUUUUCCACUGGCUAUAUUAACCCUGCCGACCACCUUCCCGAUGUCACAUCGUCCCAAUCCUCCAUGAUCGUUUCCCUCCUUUCCGCUGGUACUUUCUUCGGUGCACUUGGUGCAGCUCCUAUUGCGGAUUACUUUGGCCGUCGGAUGGCUAUGAUUCUGAAUACUUUUGUUUUCUGUUUUGGCGUCAUCCUGCAAACAGCAUCAGUCUCGAUUCCGCUGUUUGUGGCCGGUCGAUUCUUUGCCGGCCUGGGUGUUGGUCUUCUUUCGGCAACUAUUCCCCUAUAUCAGUCUGAGACUGCUCCAAAGUGGAUUCGUGGCACCAUUGUGGGUGCCUACCAGCUGGCAAUUACUUUCGGUCUACUGCUGGCCGCCAUCGUGAACAACUCGACUAAGGACCGCAUGGAUACCGGCUGCUAUCGUAUUCCUGUCGCAGUGCAAUUCGCUUGGGCGAUUAUUCUUGUGGCUGGAAUGAUCAUCCUUCCCGAGACUCCUCGGUUCCUUGUUAAGAAGGAUAGACAUGAGGAUGCCGCCAAAGCUCUUGCCCGUCUACGCCGUAUUGAUGUCAACGACUCGGCUAUCAUUGAGGAAUUGGCUGAGAUCCAGGCCAACCAUGAAUUUGAGCUUCGGUUGGGCAAGGCCACAUACCUUGAGAUCAUGCGCGGCUCGAUUGGCAAACGUCUUGCUACUGGCUGUGCCGUCCAGGCUCUUCAGCAACUUGCGGGUGUCAACUUCAUCUUUUACUAUGGUACCACCUUCUUCCAAAACUCCGGUAUCCAGAACUCUUUCGUGAUCACCCUGAUCACUAAUAUCAUCAACGUUGUAUCCACCUUCCCCGGCCUAUAUAUGGUUGAGAAAUGGGGCCGCCGCCCACUCCUGAUGUUCGGUGCCGUUGGCAUGUGCGUCUCACAGCUAAUUGUCGCCAUUGUUGGCACAGCUACUAGCUCCACUGUCGCGAACAAGGUGCUGAUCGCCUUCGUGUGCGUGUACAUUUUCUUCUUCGCCAGUUCGUGGGGCCCCGUCGCCUGGGUUGUGACUGGCGAACUGUUCCCGCUCAAGGCCCGUGCCAAGUGCCUUUCUAUAACUACCGCCACCAACUGGUUGCUCAACUGGGCUAUCGCCUACGCCACACCCUACAUGGUCAACAGCGGCCCUGGCAACGCCAACCUCCAGUCCAAGGUAUUCUUCAUCUGGGGAGGAUUCUGCUUUAUCUGCGCUAUCUUCGUUUACACUUGCAUCUACGAGACCAAGGGCCUGUCGCUGGAGCAAGUCGAUGAGCUUUACGCCAAGGUCCCUGUUGCCUGGAAGUCGGUCGGCUUCGUGCCCUCCGUGCACUACACUGAUGUCCGCGACGUUGCCGACUCCAAGCCUGGAAAUCUCGUACAAUUUGAGACCGAGGCUAAUGAGAAGCGUAGCGGCGAGCAGGCCACGCAUCUGGAGAGCAUCGCUGCGAAAUCUGAGGUUUAG